AUGCCGCGCCGGGUGGUUGCGUCGGGACGGUCUUGUCUCGAAUGUCGUCGCCGCAAGAUCAAAUGUGACCGAUCCGUGCCAUGUGCAUACUGCAUCCGCACACGCACAGAAUGCACGUAUCCACCAAAACCCACAGACAGAGAAGCCGUAUCUUCCGACCAUGACCCCCUGUUAGCUCGCGUAGAGAGACUGGAGUGCAUCCUGCAGUCCCUGCAAUCCGACCUCGCGCAAGUCCGCCAUCGUCUGCCGAUUACCUCCGACAACUGCCAAGAACAAGAAGGCGAUCAGGUCGGCUCUGCAGUCAGACAUGACCUGCGCUGCUCCAGCCCGGCAUCCCAUCCUCCUCGGUCCUUCGCUGGGCGGUUGGGACAUUCAUUCCCGUUUCAUCUGGGCCCCUCACUACCACUGGGGCCACUCCAUCCGUCUCCCCCUGUGAUAUCGACCAUCUGGCAGACAUACCUGGACGUAGUAGAUCCAGUUCUCAAGAUAUUCCAUGUCCCCACUGUUCAGCGGCAUGUCUUCAGUCUCAUUCGCGGUCAACCAAUCCGGGAUGCCCGUACAGAAUGCUUGAUAUUUGCAAUCUACUACUCUACCGUUGUGGCCAUGUCUGCGGCAGAGUGUCAAAGCGAGUUUCACGAGGAGAGGGCAACGCUACUGAGCCGGUAUCGCAUGGGUGUCGAGCAUGCUCUUCUGAAAGCGAAUUUCCUGAAUUCGGUGGACAUGAUGGUCCUACAGGCGUUCAGCCUCUACUUGAUCUGCGGCAGACGCGAUGAGAAUGGGCCCGACGUUUGCGCGCUCAUCGGCGUUGCCAUUGGGACCGCUAUGAAAAUCGGGCUUCAUUCUGAUGGAGCGGCUACGGGGCUUCGUCCGUUCGAGGUGGAAAUGCGACGCCGGCUCUGGUGGCAGAUUUGCACGCUGGACGUCCGCACUGCCGAGGAUCAUGGAGUAGAGCCUAGUAUUAUGGAGUCAGCCUUCACCACCGAACUCCCCUCCAACGUCAACGACGCAAGCCUGGAUCCAAACAUGAGCGAGCUCCCCCAGGCUCAACUGGGACGGACGGAGAUGCUGUUUAGCCUUGUCCGGUUUGAAGUAAGCCGCUUUGCACGGAGGGUGGUGUUUUCGGAUAGAUUUUGUAGCAGCAACUCCUACCCUAUCUUGAAUGAGACGCAGAAGUGCAAGGCAAUUGACAAGUUCAGAGAGCACAUAGAGAAACAGUACCUGGCAUACUGCGAUAAAGGAGUACCACUGGACUGUGUCACCGCUGCCAUCACUCGUCUCAUCCUGGUCAAGUUGAAACUGGCUGUGUUCAAGCCGCGAAGGGAUCGGAAACUGGUAAUGCCUGUGCGGGGCGACUACGGCAAAGCCUGUGAGGAAGUCCUCCACCAUGCGUCCAGAUUGCGACAAUAUGAGAGAGGGACUCGGUGGCUGUGGCUGUUUCAGACGUACGUCGAAUGGGAUGCGCUGGCCUAUCUUCUGCUGGAGCUCUGUCUUGGGCCCUCGUGGAACCCAUCGGGCACGGCGUGGAGGGCGGCAAACGAGGUUUAUCACCACUGGAAGAAUGACCCCGACAUCCGCCGUGAUCGUCGCUGGCGGCAUAUAGAAGAACUUCGCACCCAAGCAUUGACUGUCCGGGAGCGGAUGCAGGGGACGCCACCCACUUCUAACAGCCGUGAGCAGUCUGAUCUUGAUGCCACAGUGGUGGCCGACGUCCCAGUCCACAACACUGGUAUUCCUCAGGUGUCCAACUCAACGAAAAUCACCGAAGAGUGCUCGCCCUUUGUGUCAGCCAACCAAAGAGCAGAAUGUAAUCUGUCCACUGAACAGGCAUCUGCCAUAUGCGGGCCUACCAGUGUAGCCACAGAGGCCACAGCAAGGCCCUUGGCUCCCAGUGCCAUUCCCUCAAGCGGUGCCGAGCUACCAGGUGGAGGUACGGCCUGCGAGUGGAGUACUGGGCUCUUCGAGCAGUAUUGGCAGGUUGCUGAACCCGGGCAGGGCGAUUCCAGAUGGUGGCUGUAG